CACUGUGGUGUAGUUUCUGUAUGUCUUGAGUGGAAGUCUCAAACAUGACUUGUCAACGUUUAAGAGUAUUCUGAUAGUUGGAUAAUGCUUUAGUAAAACACCAUGUGAAACUAUGUGAACGUACAGUAUCGGCAGUUCAGAUUUGUGUAGUUAUUUUAUUAGUUUUGGAGACUGGUUGAGCAAACUUUGUGUACAUACCUUGGAAGACACACGAAAAUGGCUGGACUGCUGACCGCUGGUCAAACCAGCCAUCAAGAUGACUCUGGAAAGAUCCUACUCUCAGACUACCUUUGAUUCAAACAACGAGAUCAUAACAACACUUCUAACUGAAAGACCUUACCGAACUGUCCCUAACACCCCCGUCACUUCCUCGCCAAAGACACCCCGAAAAUUUAGCCGAGGCUCUUUCAACUACCACACACCACUCAGUAAAACACAAUCAGACCACACGAUCUUGUCAGGGACUUCAGGUAUAUCCAGAAACACCUGGAUUUCUACCGAGUCUGUAGACGGCUCCCUCUUUAAGAAAAGAGAGGUAAAACCUAUCCCUAAGAUCUCGGCAAGAAGGCAACUGAGUCUACAGCACAGUAGCUCCAGUUCACAAAAUUUCGUGCCCAGAAAUGGUCGCCGUUCAUCUUUCCCACACGCCUUCAGACAAGACAGCCGUUUAAGUAAUUGCUCCUCGGUCUUUGAAUCUGUUUCACAGAACUCCAAGGAAAUCACCAACAGUCUAAAGAACAAUUCAUCAUCGCAAUCAUUCGAACGCUCUUCCAGAACAUCGACAGAGAAGCUACCCGCCUCGCUGACCAGUAGUAGGAGGGCUUCCCGGGAGGUUCUGCUUGAAUUCCCACCAAUGCCCAGGUCAAACAAUGCGCAGACAUUAGCCGCGAAGAAGUGUGAGAAGAACCGGGAGAAGAAGUCUGGUCUGAAACCGGCGCAGUCUAUGCCGGGGUUGGCCGAGCAGACGAACAAGGAGAGUCGAUCUCACUCGGCUGACGCCCGGCCCAGACAGAGCACCACCUGCGCCCUGUUCCUCAUCUUCCGCCGUAAGAAGAAAUCUAAAGAGAACAGGUCCCCUUCGCCUGACGACAGAAAACCAGAACCUUCGAGAGCUGCUCAAUCCACCCCGCGGUCUGAUCGUCUGAGCGUGUCCUCGAAUAAAGACCGCCGGCCUUCUCAGGCUUCUUCCACAAACCGCGAGCGUCAGCCCUCGAACUCUUCUUCCAGGCUUUUACAGACGCCCUCGUCAUCACGUGCCCCACCCUCCCCUCAUUCAACAAACACCGAGAGGACGCCCAAAUACGAAUCGAGGUCACGACAACGACACAGAAAAGACAAGCCUGAAAAAAAAGAUAAGCACGAGCGUGGGCAUACCUCUGGGUCUAGAUCACACUCUGACCACCGGCCAAUACGGCACGAAGACCUACCACCCCACCCUUCUAUUCUCAAGUCGAGCGUAGAGAAAACAAAAAGUGACCCCACAACGGCUAAGGCCAACCGUAAAAAACAAGUCCUGAGAAACGACUUUUCGUUCAGGUCUAGAUCCAAAUCUAAAGAACCAGAGCCAGACUCUAAAGUUAAGAGCACCCCAAAAUCAGACACGGUUCGACUGGAACCAACGUAUAAAUCUGAAACUCCCGUAGAGGAUCAGACUGUCAAACUCGACGUCACGUCUAAAUCGGACUCUUUACUCUUAGAAAAAACUCCCAAAACUAGGAGCAGCUCACGAGCAGAUUCAGCCCAGCCUGAGUUAAUCUCCAAACCCAGGAGCGAAUCUAAAUCAGACUCCGCCUCACACCGUAAGGCAAGCGCAACCAACUCGGGCUCCACCCCCGCCUCGAAGAGCGGAGGUUCUGCCUCGAACUUGAAAGCUAAAUCUCUAAUCAGCACUAGCAAAACUGACCCGGAGACUGAGUCACAGUACCAGCCUACAAUCUCCAGCACCGACAGACAAUCGUUCAGAUCCCAGUCGCUGCCGAGGUUUGACGGACAUUGCUUCCGGCCGGACGCCGACACCAAGGUGAUCAGCGACGCGGAGGACUUUGAGUACCAACCCACGGACAUGAUAAGUCCGCUCAACCUGUCGCUGUGCGGGUGCGGCUUCCUGGGCAUGUACCACCUGGGGGUGGUCUCCUGUCUGAUACACAGGGCGCCGUCGUUUUUAGAAAAGGUGGAGAAAGUCGGGGGCUCGUCUGCUGGGGCGCUCAUGGCGGCUGUCCUUGUCACAUCCAAGGAUAAGAUUGAGGAAUCAGCUGAUCAUGUCCAGAACCUGGCUAAAGAGAUUCGCAGGAAACCACUUGGUGCCCUGACCCCAGGGUUCAGCUUCACCCGCAGCCUGCGCACCAUGCUGGAGGACAUCCUGCCUGAGGACGCUCACGAGACGGCCUCGGGUAAACUCUACGUCUCCCUCACCAACGCCCAGACCAAGAAGAAUGAGCUGAUGACUGAUUUUAAAUCAAAGGAUGAACUCAUUGAGGCAUUGGUAGCCAGCUGUUACAUCCCAGUGUACGCCGGCAUGAAGACGCCCACCAUUCGUGGAAAGAAGUAUAUGGACGGGGGCAUGUCAGAUAACAUGCCUAAGUUUGAGUCCGGCCGGACUAUCACUGUGUCCCCGUUUGACGGCAAGUCUGAUAUUGGCCCUAAGAUGGGUCAGGAGGUAGAGAAAAAAGCACAUUUCAUUAACUUUCACAACCAAGACUUACAGGUUAACAUGAAUAAUCUAAAGAAAGGCAAAGACGCGUUCUUCCCACCACAAUCCCAUAUCCUUCAAGAGUAUUUUGAGAAGGGCCGGUAUGACGCCAGCCGCUUCCUUAUAAGAGAAGGCUUGUAUGAGAUCAACACCCAGCAACAAUCCCAACAGGUGCUCUAUGAGUCAUCUGUCUAGAAUUUAUACGUUUCUUACUCUCUGUUGUAUAUCUUUUUCUCUCUUCUUCUUCAAUAUAAGCAUUGUCAGGCAACAGUUUUCCCAAAUCUGUACAAAACUUGAAUGUUUAAAUUAUCAUCUUAAUUAAUUUCAUUUUCUGUAAAUAUUUUCUAACUUCAUUUUUACUUAAGCGUUAUCUAUUAGCUUUUUAUGCAAUAAAAUUAAGUUGCAUAUUAAGUAAAUUUGAAAGUUAAUUUUUUUUUAUAAAUCAAGUUAAAAUUCUCCAUUAUUUGAUUAACAUUUAAUUUCUGUUUGUUUUCCAUUGUUAAAUCAAUACCUUUCCUUUUUUUUUCUAAGAGUUAAAUAUUCAAAGGCUAAUGCCUUUAAAUGUGCAAUAUUACAAUGGAUGCACUUUAACAAAAUUUUCUUUUUAUGUUUUUUACUUUAAUUAUCUGUUUUUGAUAUUUUAAGUAUCAAAUCAGAUUUAAUAAUACCAGAAUAUUCUAAUUUCUUGUAAGUUUUGUUACUAACAAAGCAUAUUAUAUUUUAUAGUUGUAAAAAAAUACAUUCCUUCAGGUUUUUUACUAUAUUAGCCUUCAAAACACAUUCCAUUUUACACUAUUUGUUAUUUUUUUUUUGCAUUUGACAUAUUACUGGCUAGGUUGAUAUAAACUGAUGUGAAGAAAAUAACACUAAAAUGUAUAUACUGUUGAUAAUCUGUGCCUUCUUGUGCUAGCACAGUAGCUGACAUCAAUGUAUCUAUUUGAUCAUUGAUGUUGAUAUGUAAAGCUUUUAUUUAUACAGCUUAAGUAGGUAAAUAUGUACGCUUUAAUAACACCACAAUUUUUUGUGAUGGUAACUUUAUGAUAGCAUACAUUAAUUAGUUAAAUUUCUUAUGUAAAACAUUACUGUGCAUAAGUUCAGUGAAAGAAUUCUCUUGUGAGAUGAGAGUAUGUUAUUAUGUACUUUGAAAAUCAAUGGACUAUCUGUAUUCAAUCGAGUAAAAUAUGUACUGGAAAAUUAUUUUUUUCUUCGUUAAAAAUAUCCGUUGUGAUUUUUUUUUUUCCCAAUUCAUUUCAAAACAUGGAGAUAAAUAUUUUUAGAAAUGUAUUUUUAAGAGCAUGUCAGACAUUUUGUACUAGUUUACACUGGCUAUAGUUUUUGUUUUUAUUAAGGCAUCUUUGUUUCAAUUCUGUUCUGAAUUCAGUUGUACAUAGUCAUAAGUCUGGUAAACAUUGAGCCUGUUCUGUAAAAUCUUAUAGCCAUUGGGAAAUACAGUAAGACUUGAAUUUAAUAAUUGCCAUCUAUUUAUUAUUGUUUCAAUUUAUCUAUACAGUAUUUUUUUUUUUUUAAUAAAAUCUGUUUAAGAAAAGAAAUACAGACCCAUUUUAACAAUUUUAUAUCAACAGGCUAGGUAUGAAAUAUUGUUAAAUUUAAUCAAAAUGUACAAAUAAAAUGUAUGAAAUUAUGUAAAUCUUUAACCAUGCUGUAUAUUAAAGCUGAUGUACUUGAAAUUAAAUGUAUGAACUACAUUUUGAUUUCAUGUAAGCUGUAGAAAAACUCAUAACUACUUAUCCACAGUAUUCAAUGUACAUAACAUACAGAAAUACUUUGUUAUUUUUCUUGAACCAAUUGUAUUAUUAAGGGGAGGUGACUUGGUAAAAAUAGAUGUUACUAAAAAAGUCAAACCCUUUAAUAUCAUAAAGAACAAAUUAAAACAAUGCUUUGGCGUUUUGAGAUAAUCUGAUUUUGAUACAGCCCAUUUAGGCAUUGGUGUGUUUGUUCUUUCACUAAAGUUGGUAAAGUUUCGAAAUUUUCGUCUACUGUUUUCUUCCUACCAUUAAUGUGCAUUAUUAAUUUUUUUUUUUAAGCUGUAAAUUUUUUUCUGCUGUUAGUUUUGUUUCCAAUCAAUGUUUACAUUAACUUUCCAUCAUUCAUCUUUCUCAGAUACAUGUUGCCCAUCUCUGCUUUCAUGCAAUUUUUGUGUUUUCUGCCUGUAAAUAUUUGUAUAUAGAGAAUAUAAUUAUUUCUUAAUCAUGGUUAAUAAAAUGUAAUGUUUUAUACAAAUAAAAUAUGACAUUGCUGAUUAAUGUUCAAACUA